AUGGAGCACGCUCUACAAGCCCAGCAUGUUCUGAACAAUCAAUUUGUGGAGUUUGCGGCGUAUCAACUUCUAGAAGAGUAUCAAGGAGGUUUGAGGGAUACCAUUACGAUUGUUGUGGCUCCUUUUGAGAUUCAGGGGUUUUUCGAGUUGGUGAACAAAGCCCGAGUGGUUGAGGAAUGUGCUAAGAAGGUGGCAGUAGUAAGAGAUCCUAGAGGAGGAAACAAUAACAAAGGCCGAGGCAAGUACAUUCAGCCGAGAGGUCAGAAUUUCAAGAGGGGUGUACAAGCACCUCAACUCCCUCAAUGUCAAGGCAACAUUAGAAGACCUAUUUAUGAUCAUUUUCAAUUGGAGAUAGGUAGAAUUGGUUGCUUCAUUUACGGAUUUCCUGGUCACAUGGCGAGGGAUUACACUCAUUGGAGGAACCCGAAUGUGGGUCGGAAUCAACAACAAGGUCGGGUGUUUGCUGUGGACGCCAGUGAUGCUGCUAAGGCGGAUCCUUUGAUGAGAGGUAUAUGUUUAAUUGGUUACAAAAUAUUGACAGCUGUGACUAGAUCAGGUUGUAGGCAAAUAUCUUUCAUGGUUGAGGAUAGAGAGUUUGUUCAUAAUUUAAUCUGUUUGCCAAUGGUGGGGUUGGAGAUGAUUUUGGGGUUUGAUUGUAAAAAAGAGUGUCAGGGUUAUAUGCUUUUGGCUGCGAAUACGUUAGGUGAUGAACAGAGGUUAGAUCAAAUUCUGGUAGUUAGGGAGUUCCCAGAGGUGUUUUCUGAAGAUAUUCCCAAAUUUCUUCCUCAAAGGGUGAUUGAAUUUGCGAUUGACUUGGUGCUGGGGGCCGGACCGAUGUCGAUUACGCUGUACCUAGUGGCUCUGAUAGAGCUGGCAGAACUUAAGGCUCAGUUGGAAGAGCUUCUAAACAAGAGGUUCAUUCGACCGAGUGUAUCUCCGUAG